CCGAUUGACUUGACAAAUUGAUGCAAGACCCAGAAAUCUGUUCUUAUACAACCAAAUCGUCCCCAGAAUACCAAUUCUACUCACGAUCAUGGAUUUCCCUUCCAAUCUAACAGCAAUUCCAGGCCUCCUAGUCUUAAUUCUGUCACUCCUGGUAUGGAAACACAGGCUUAACAGUACCAAGAAGACCAAGGUAGCCCCAACACCAUCGGGUGCCUUACCAAUUAUAGGUCACCUCCCUCAAUUGAGCAAACCAAUCCCACUGGCUCGAACCCUGGGUUCGAUGGCCGACAAAUACGGCCCAAUCUUCACAAUCCGGCUCGGCAUGCACCGGGUUCUUGUGAUCAGCGAUUCAGAGGCAGUCAAGGAGUGCUUCACCACACAUGACAGGGUCUUAGCCUCGAGACCAAUAUCGAGCCACGCUAAGUACCUUGGCUACAACAGUGCAGGAUUUGGGUUCGCACCGUAUGGGGCUUUCUGGCGCAACAUAAGAAAGAUCGUCAUGCUCGAACUCCUUUCGAGUCAGAGACUCAGUACACUGAAGGAAGUGCAAGUUUCCGAGGUGAAUACUUUAAUCAGUGAUUUGUACUUGCUCUGUAAGAAUGAAAUUGGUCCAAUUAAGGUUGUGAUUAGUGAUUAUUUCGAGAGAACAACGUUGAACAUCAUAACGAGAAUGAUUGCUGGGAAGAGAUAUUUUGGUAGUGUUGGCGGAGAUGACGAAGAAGCGCAACGAGUAGGGAAGAUUAUCAAGGGAUUCAUGUAUAUUUCAGGGGCUUUUGCUCUAUCUGAUUUGAUUCCCUUUCUGGGUUGGUUGGAUUUUAUGCAACCAACAGUGAAGUAUAUGAAAAGAAUUUUUAAGGAACUGGACUCUGUUGCGGAAAGUUGGGUUGAAGAGCAUAAAUUGAAGAGAAUUGAUGAUGCUGAUCCAAACAAUAAGCAAGAUUUCAUUGAUGUAAUGCUAUCCGCCAUUUAUGAAGAUUCAAUGUCUGGUCAUUCAAGGGAAACUAUCAUCAAGGCUACAGUAUUGAAUCUUAUCAUAGCAGGGGCAGACACCACAUCUACAACCAUAACAUGGAUCCUAUCCAAUUUACUGAACAACAGACACACACUGAAGCUUGCACAAGAAGAGCUGGACCAAAAAGUAGGCCGAGACAGAUUGGUCCAAGACUCUGAUAUUGAAAACUUGGUCUAUCUCCAAGCGAUUAUCAAAGAAACAUUGCGUUUAUACCCUCCAGGCCCUCUAUUAGUCCCACAUAUAGGGUCUGAAGAUUGUACAAUCAGUGGCUAUCACCUUCCGAAGGGCACUCGGGUGUUCGUAAACGCGUGGAAGAUGCAUCGAAACCCCGACGUCUGGUCGAACCCGGAUAAGUUUAUGGCAGAGAGGUUCCUUACAAGCAAUGCAAAUGUGGAUGUUUUGGGUCAGCAUUUUGAGUUACUGCCAUUUGGUUCUGGGAGAAGAUCUUGUCCUGGAAUGACAUUUGCACUGCAAGUAGUGCACUUGAUGGUUGGUCGUUUGGUUCAAGGGUUUGAGUUUUCUACACCAGGUGAUGGUCCAGUGGACAUGAGUGAAGGGUUAGGUAUAACCCUGCCCAAGGCAAGUCCUCUUGAAGUUAUGGUCAGUCCAAGACUUUGUUCUGAUCUCUAUUAAAGCUAAAUUGGAAGGGAAAAUAUAGUUUUUGUGUAAUCUGAUAUGUGUUAUGCAAUGCUUCUGUAGAUAUAUUGUGAGUUUGUGACUGAACUACUAGUCCUUGUGCAAAUGUAUAUACUGUGAAAUGAACAAACUUCAUGUAUUGAAUUGGCUUUUCCAGGAAACAAAUGUACUGUGGAUUUGUUACAUAUAUAGACAGCCUAUAAUUUUAAAUUUGUAAAUA